GCGCCCCCCUUUUUCCAUUUGGCGGCUCGUUCAGCGCAAAACAAACCACAACUCUAGCUUCGAGCUAGGCUUGGGGUGGGGAGGACCAGUUUGUUUGCCACUUUUGGAGAUCGACCGAUCGACCACACCAAAGCCAGGCGAAAGCUGCUCGUUCGUUGGACGGGCUCGUCAGUUUGGAUUUAUCCAUCUCGGAAUUCGGAAGUUUGCGCGGCGCGACGCGUUUCGAUUAUUACGUUCGACUUGUUUUUUUCAAACAAACCCUAAAACUACCCCUAAUUCGUGUUUCCCGGGCUCUCCAGGAUCGAUUUCCGUUAAUCAACACCCACUUCAGCAUCCGAAAAGGAACACAAAGGAUCUCUUCACCGAGCGCCGCCGCAUCUUCCCAGCUUCCGUUUCCAAUUUCGAGCACCCACGAGACACGAGAGGAUUCACUGACAUUGAAAUGGCAGCCGCACUCAACCUCAGCAAAGCGCCCGAAACGUACGACAGCUACUCGUUCAACUUGGCGGACAAAUACAAACUGGUGGCCCAGGAUGAGCUGCGGGAGGAGGACGACAUCCGGGAAAAUGCCCUGAAGCAGUUCCGCGAGUGGAUCGCCAAACACCCACUAAUCAAAUCCUGCCGCACGGAUGCUCCAUUUUUGCUGCGUUUCUUGCGAACGAAGAAGUUCAGCAUCCCAGCUGCAACGGAAAUGUUGGAAAAGUACCUUUCGAUAAGACAAAUUUACCCGAAUUGGUUCCACAAGUUGGACAUUAACGAUCCGGAUCUGGAAGCGAUCAUCGAUAGUGGUUAUCUGUUUGCGUUGCCGGAACGUGAUGAGCGUGGCAGGAAAAUUGUGUUUUCCAGUGCCGGAAAAUUUGACACCAGCCGAUUCACAGCUGCCCAACUGAUUCGAGUCCACUCUUUGGUCGUGGAAUCGUUGCUGGACGAAGAAGAAUCUCAAAUAGCCGGAUAUGUCCACAUCAUUGACGAUUCGGAUCUCUCGAUGGCCUUCCUGGGGAUUUGGUCUUUCGCCGACAUCAAAAGCCUAGCUCACUGCGUCCAGAACUCCCUGCCGAUGCGUCAGAAGGAAAACCAUUUCGUGAAUCUUCCCCCGUUCGCAAACAAGCUUUCGGAAUUCAUCCUAUCGGUGCUAAGUGAUAAGCUGAAGGAUCGUGUCUUCGUUCACAAGACCAUGGACGACCUGAAAACCAAGGUCAAUCCAAAGUAUUUGCCCAAAGAGUAUGGUGGCAGUGUUCCGAUGGCCGAUUGCAUUGCCCAGUUCAAAGCCUUCGUCAAGGCCAAGCGGGAUCAGCUGGUCGCCCUAGACGAUAUGCAGAUCGAAAUCACCAAAAGCUCGGCCUUCUGGCAGGACACAACCGAUGCUGAUAUCGCAGCCGGUGUUAUCGGUAGCUUCCGGAAGCUCGAGGUCGACUAAAAAUCCACGCUUGUGCUGCUAGAACCCCCAUUUCAAUGAUUCUCAUCUUCAUCCAGUCUCAUUCUCAAAAAUAUCUAACCCAACUCCAUCAUCCGGAUAAAAUAAAAAAAACCAUUCCUAUAAGUUACUUGUUUGAAGAUUUUAAUCUUAGUAGUUAGUUCAAAGCUAUAUAGUACUUUGCAGAGCAAAUUGGUAACUUUUUAUGUUUAAUCUUAGAACACUUUUACUGUUAAUCCCUCUAUAUAACGUUACAUGUUAAAACGAAAGCAGGAAACCGAAGAUUUCAGCAUCCUCUUUCGCCAAACUGGUGGAAUAAAGUUACCAAAACUCAAUUAUUAUCACGUAUGAUAUUAGAAAAAAAACGUUCACAUUUCCUUAUGCCCAUGAUAUGAAACCGUCGUCGUUUAUCCUUGCUACUGUAUAAUUCCAAUUAUAAAAAUGCAAAAAAUCAACCUGGUGCUCCUCGGGAUAAAACUAAAAAAAAGUCGAGAAGCUGUGAUUGUUGUUUGCACGGAAUCUCCAAACAAACCCCUGUGUCUUUGUUUAUUCCUAAUUAAAAUUCUUAACUGUUCUAUUUAUUCUUACAAAUGUAUUGCGUUGAGAUAAUGCAAGACAAAAAAUGUAUGCUACAAAUAUAGUAAAAGGUUUCGAAAAAUUGUUGUCCAGAGUCUAUCAAGUUUUAGUUGAAAGUUGAUAAUAAA